CGGUCGCCCGGCCGGGGAGCACGAGGACGGAUGGCGCGCGAGCGGCGGCGGCGGGCGGGCCCGGAGGGCGGGCGGGCGCAGGAGAGGGUCCCGCGCGGGGCCGGGGGACGGCGGGAGCGGACGGGGUCGGGCGCGGGGCCGGCGCUGCUGGCGCUGCCGGCGGUGGUGCUGCUGCUGUUGGCGCUCGGCUGGGGCUUUUACGCCCGGUGGGGGCCCGCCGCGCGCCUCGUGGCCCCGCACGCCGCGCCCCGCGCCCUCCCUCCGGGCAGCACCGGCCCCGACGCCGCGCCGGCCCGCUUCUGGGGCUCCUACCGGCCCCAGGUCUACUUCGGCAUGAAGACGCGCAGCCCGCGCUCGCCGGUGGUCGGGUUGAUGUGGCUGCAGCAGCUGGAGGGGGACGUGCGGCUGCGGCACACCUGCGAGCAGAGCGACGGCCUCCCUCGCUACGGCUGGCUGCUUCACGACGGCGCCCAUUUCGGGGUGCAGGAGAUCCAAGACCUGGGCUUCAGCCUGCAGACGGAGAUGGUGAAGCGUCCCGGCGGGGAGCAUGGCGGAGACUGGAGCUGGAGGGUGACGGUUCGCCCAGAAAGGACGCAGCCCAAGCCCCCCUUCGUUUCUCUCUUUUUCUACGUGGCCACCGAUGGGCAAGGAACGCUGCAGCCUGUGAUAGAGGAAAAGAGUCGGCUGGCCUUGCUAAGAGGAUGGACGGAAGAACUGGGGAACUUCACUGUGACCUUCCAGCCGCCCACCACGGAGUCCGGCACCCCGCUUUAUGCCAGGUACAAUCACCUGCAGGCGAUGGCAGAAGGGCUGCAUCACCUGACUGACGUGGUGAAAUCGAGCCUGACCCCGCGGUUUUCCUACGCUCCCCCUGGGCUUCCCAAGCGCCACUACUUUGGCGUGGACGUCUACCACGGCCGAGCUGGGGACAGAGAGUUACGCAGCCAGCUCCUAGUCCACCAGGUGACGGUGGCUGUGCCCUGCCGUGUGGAAGUGGCUUUUGAGUCAGGCAGCGUGCCUGACCGCCCAGACCGGCUCCUGGCAGACACGCUGACGCGAGAGCUGGAGAAACACGCGGCCACCUUCAAGCGGCGCUUUGAGGAGACCUUCGGCCUCUCCCGCAAGGGCUUCUCUAGCCAGGAGCAGCACUUCGCCCGGGCUCUUCUCAGCAACAUGCUGGGUGGGAUGGGCUACUUCUAUGGGCGCUCGCUGGUGCAGUCCCCGCACACGGAAGUCCCCCAGCUGUACCCCGCGGGGGCUCUCUUCACCGCCGUGCCCUCCCGCUCCUUCUUUCCCCGGGGCUUCCUGUGGGAUGAAGGCUUCCACCAGCUCCUCCUGGCCCGCUGGGACCCGGCCCUGAGCCAGGAGGUGAUGGCUCACUGGUUUGACCUCAUGAACGCUGAGGGAUGGAUUCCGCGGGAGCAGAUCCUGGGGGACGAAGCCCUGGCAAAGGUGCCCCCGGAGUUUGUGGUGCAGCACAGCCAGGCGGGCAACCCCCCCACUUUCUUCUUGGUGCUGCAGCAGCUGCUUGGGCAAGGGGCAGUGGAGCAGGAUUACCUCCGCCGCAUUUAUCCUCGCCUGCAAAGUUGGUAUGACUGGUACAAUCGCACGCAGGCGGGAGCCUUGCCCUACACCUUCCGAUGGCGUGGCCGGGACCGGGACACUCAGCUUUUCCUGAAUCCUAAAACCUUGACCUCUGGCCUGGACGACUAUCCCAGGGCCUCCCACCCCUCGGAGGAGGAGCGCCACCUGGAUUUGCGCUGUUGGAUGGCCGUCGCCUCUGCUGUGAUGGCCGAGGUGGCCACGCGAGUGGGAGAACCAGGGAGCGACUACGCGCACAUGGCCGAGAGGCUGGCGGACAGUGAACUGCUGGAGCGGCACCACUGGUCGGAGACAAUGGGUGCUUUUGCCGACUACGGCAACCACACCCUGGCUGUGGCCCUGGAGCGCGAGCACCUUCGGCCCGCUCCUGGCCAGCCCCCGCCCAUUCCAAGGCUGGUACGGGUGGUCCGCAAGUUGCCGCGGUUGCAGUUUGUGGGAGGGGCCCUUGGCUACGUGAGCCUCUUCCCCUUGCUGCUGCAGCUCCUGCCCCCCGAUUCCCGGCAGCUGGGCAGCCUCUUGGCCGACAUGAAGAACGAGCAGAAGCUGUGGACACCCUUUGGCUUGCGUUCCCUGUCGCGCAGCAGCCCCUUCUACCUCAAGCGCAACACGGAGCAUGACCCCCCUUACUGGAGGGGAGCCAUCUGGAUCAACAUGAACUACCUCGCGGUGCGGGCGUUGCACCACUACAGCCGAGUGGAGGGGCCCUACCGGGAGGAGGUAACCAGGCUGUACCACGAGCUGCGCGCCAAUGUGGUAGGCAACGUUCUCCGACAGUACCUGCACUCUGGCUACGUUUGGGAGCAGUAUAACGACAGCACGGGCCGAGGGCAAGGGUGCUACCCCUUCACGGGCUGGUCAGCUCUGGUUGUGCUCAUGAUGGCCGAGGAAUACUGAUUGGCCCGCUGAUGCUCCUGUCUCCCUGGGAGGCUCAGCCGCAGGAUCCUGACAAAGGGACGCAGGCGUUGACCUUUCCCCCUGCCCUGCUUCGCCUUCAACUCGGGGAGGUGGGCGGUGCCUGAAUGUAAGAAAUUUUCUAUUGAAAUAAAGCCCAAAAGCUUAAA